UAUCGAUAAAAUUUCUAGUAAUCGACAGGUUGCAAUCGCAAGCACAUUUUGCUUUUGCUAAAAUAAAUCCAUAAACUUUGUGACUUCUUGGAUAAGCCUUCGCUGGGGAAAUGUACGAACUGAAGACCCUGCUGCCCCAAUUCGACAUUAAGCUGCCCACCUGCAUGUACGCCCUGAAGAACGUGAGCCUGGCGGCGGAUGCCCUGGCAACACCUGCGUCCACAUCAUCGUCAUCAACAUGCAGAUGGGAGGAGAGCAGCAGCAGCAGAAGCCACAAAACAAACGGGAGCGGGAAGGCAGCAGCCACAUGCGCACUCGAUUUGGACACUUUAGGCCGACAAAUACAACAACUGCUAAAGAAUGACACGGCAACGGUGGCCGCCCGCCAGGAGAAGGUGCUGCAGCAGCUGGAGGAGCUCAAGGCCCAGCUGGGACAGAUCAGGGCCGGUCUGGGAGUGUGUGGCAAGACCUACCAGCAUACGACGGCCUUCCAAAAUGGUGGAUUAAAAGAGAUUCCACUGCAGGACGUUGUGAUCAAUGGACAUCCCAAUUUCAUACCUUAUGCCCUGUUGGCCUUGAAGAAUGCCUGGCGGGAUCUGUACACAAUUGAUGUCAAGACCUUCACGCACUCCACGAUGGCCGAUAUUGGCCCAGCAGCCCGGGAGUUUGAGGCCAAUUUGGCUAAGGUCCCCGUCAAUCCGGCUCUGCCCAAGAUAAAUGUGACGCUUAUCUGGAAGAACUGCGAACACACUGAAAUGAUCAGCUCACCAACCAUGUACGUUCCCAUUUACGGCGAAGUGAACAUCAUCCGCUAUUUGGGUCGCGUUGGUCCUGCCGAAUAUCGCUACGAGGGCUCUGCCUUGUGCAAUGAGAUCGAUCUCGUUUUGGACAUAUGCUAUCAGCUUUUGCGCUGCAACACGCACAAAACGCAAGUGGCAAUGGUGCGGCUGCUGGACAAGCGACUGCAACAGCAGCAGUAUUUCGGCGGCAGUCAAAUGUCAGUGGCCGAUAUUGGAGUCUAUAGCUCGCUGAUACGAAUGCCGGCCAUCACGGACAAGGAUUUGACGCCAGCGCUGCUGGCCUGGCGCAAGCGAGCAAAGCUCGUGGCACAAAUUUAAGUUGAAAAGAAUCGAACAAAAUAAAUUAAAGAAGUGCUUGAA